CCUCGCUAUUGCUUCUUGCUAGGCAACUCUUUGCGCCGCAUAUCCCCCUUGACGCACUAUCCCCUUGCUUCUGUUGCCUAUACCUCCCAGAGCCAGCUAUUCCAUCACAGGCUCUAGGGACAAUGUGGUCGCCCAGUCGCAUCACCCGCACAUCCUCCAGCCAUUCUAUCGCAAUGUCUGUAGCUUCAAUGGCCACAUCUACUUCAAGCAAGCACUCGUCACAGCUGGGAUCGAGCCCGGAAACCAACUACAGUGAGAACGACCAUGACAGCCUGCUAUCUUCAUACCAAGACGACAAGCAGCAUCAGGAUGCAUCGCUGCCACCGCAAGUCCAGCCGCAAGAGUUACCUUUCAACCUGGAGGACAUGCCCCUCUGGCAGCCCAAGAAGCGAACACUCCACCUGAACUCACGAGAGCACUUCCUCGUCGCAGCAAAACAGCACCGUGAAGUGCACCAGAGCCUAGAGAUGCAAAGAAGCCGUAGUGAAUCUGUGGCCACAGACGACUCGCACGCCACACUGGCUGAGGACGCCUCGACAAUAGACCAAGCGGAUAUGGAUUUGAAAACGCCAACGGUAACCGGACUGAGAGUUUCUGACGAGCCAGAAGAGCAGCUUGUCGGCAACCCAGCCCUUCCGUUCGAGUCGACUGGUCCUAUGUCCGACCUUCUCCACUCCAUCCUCCUCCGUGUCGCCGACGUCGAACGGUCUCAUCCCACGAUCAUGUCCAAGGACUACGACCAACUUCAAAGUCGCAUCACCGAGCUCGAACGCGAGAAUCAAGCCAUCCUCAGGAACCACGCUGAUCUACUGUCCCUGAGGAACGAAGAUCUCUCGAAUCUGAUCAAAGUGAGGGAUUUGCUCGCAGAAGAGAGGCGAGGGCAUGCAGCCAUGAGAAAAUUGAGAGAUGAAGACUUGGAAAAUGUAUUGAUGUUGCGGGGGAAGCUUGCCAAAGCGACUUGGUCGGGGAGACUGCAGUCGUCCCAGCCACAGGACAGACGGUCGGUCUUGGGCGGUGGAGCAACCACACCCCUACCACAGAGGCUGUCACGGUCCGAUUCUGAUGAUCUUUGGCAACAAGCUCGUACAGCCGCAAUGGAGCAACGUGUUUUGGAGCUCGAGAAGGCAAAUACCGAGUUGCGCACUCAAUCCAUGACAGCGCCCAACACUGGCGCUAUUUCACUUGCCAGCGGUGCAACGGGAGGAGAUGUGCUGCUGAAUCGCGUUGAAACCAUGUUCGAAGAUAGUCUGAGACAUCGCGAAAAGAUGGCGACCAAAGUCCAGCAGUUAAGGUCAGAGAAGGAGGCCCUGCAAAAGGAGGUAGCAACAUUAGAGGACCGCAACGCCGAGCUGGAGGCGCUCGUCGAGAGGCUGAAGAGGGGAGUCAAUCUCGGACACUGA